AUGGUAGUCGUUGUGAAGGACUAUAUCACAGACAACUUUUCCAGCAAGGAACAGCUAAGACAGGAAGUCCUUCAUGAAGCACAAGUAAUCUCUCAGCUUGGCGACCAUCGAAACCUCCCUUUACUGUAUGGAAUAUGCACUAUCAAUCUUCCAUACAAGAUGGUUUUACAAUUCCACGGAAUAGGGGAGAAAAGUGUCACACUUCACAAGGCAGUCAAGACAAAGAAAUUGACGAACGAACAGUGGUUUGACAUUGUCAAAGGUGUUGCUGCCGGUUUAAACCACGUGCACGCAAGAGGAUACUUGCAUAAUGAUUUGAAAGUCAACAACGUGGUUUUUGAGAACUCUACAGGCGAGUACCAUAGCGUCAUAAUUAAUUUUGGUAAGAGUUCCAAGAUUUCUGCCAAUUCAAGGAGAAAAAACCUUUCCAAAGAGGAGCAGCUAAAGUACACAGCAAGCUAUCCACACAUUGCGCCUGAAAUUGUAGAUGGCAGCAGCGAUCCCUCCAUUAAGAGUGACGUUUUCUCUUUUGCAAAGCUAUUGCAAUUUGUAGAAAAACACUCAUCUUUUGAAAUAGGUGGACGAGUAGGCUGCAUGGCAUAUAGUGCAGCUCUUCUACAGAAUCCUAAAAUGCGGCCUACACUUAUGCAAAUUAUAAAUUACAAUAAGUAA